UUUUCCACGUCUUUUGCCUUCAAUUUCUAAUUCUAGGGUUUUGAAGCGCGAUAAACCCAGAAAUCGCUUUUCACGCUCUCUCUAGGAUUUCGCCAUGAGCAGAUCGGGACAGCCUCCGGAUCUCAAGAAGUACAUGGACAAGAAGCUACAGAUAAAGCUUAAUGCCAACCGUAUGGUGGUUGGAACCCUUCGCGGUUUUGAUCAAUUCAUGAACCUUGUGGUUGACAACACUGUUGAAGUGAAUGGAAACGAGAAAACUGACAUAGGCAUGGUGGUCAUUAGGGGAAACAGUGUGGUGACAGUUGAAGCCCUCGAGCCAGUUAAUAGAGCACAAUAGUUGUACAUUUUUAAGCACGGGUCCAAUCUUGGAUGCCGAAGUUGUAGUAAUUUCAACAUUAUGCUACUCAUUUCUGUUGGCACGUCUCGAAAAUGAUAAGGUUGCUUGCUAGAUCAAUUGUAUCCAACGGUAUGAUUUGGAAUGUAACUUGGAGGCUGUGGGGCCCUUAUUGCCAAAAUGUCCUGAAAAAAUCUUUUCCAUUGGAAUCAGGACAAAGGGUGUAUUAUAUAAUUGCACAUUUGCUUGCUGUUUGUACACCAGUAUGCCAUUGCCAUAUGAUGAGAAAUUCCUAUUUAUGUA